UGAUUUAAUCAUUGUUUUGGAGGUUAAAGAGAGUCCGCAGAGCAAUGUGUUUCUGUGAGGUUUGGCUUUAGUCUGCCAGCUGUUCUCAUUGUCUCUCUGAGCAUACAGAAGAAAACAUGCAGCUUUGGUACAUUGCAGCUAUUUUUUUGUGCGCUGUCGCUGGUACAGAGGCAAAGGCAGUACAUAGCCUUCCUGAUUUUGGAAAGAGCUAUCACGUCAAAGGAAUCAUCUCUCUGCCCUAUGCUGAAAUCGAGGAACCAUUUGAGGCCUGGUUAGACCUACCAGCAAAGUCAAGCCGAAUAGACUACUACCACGGCCAGGUUUUGACUUACCAGUUAGCAUCAGAGCAGCAGUAUGGCACUGCCUAUAAGAUCUCGCCUGAGACCACUGAAGAGGAGCUAAAUGUGAUGAAGUGCUUCCAGAUUAAUGGAACAAAGGACGAAGCAGUCACACCGCAGGCUGCGCUCCCCGAUUUGCAGGACUUCAAGUUCCUGAGGGUGGAGUACUACAGAGGUUCCCUGUGUCAAGUCUGGCAGAAUGUGACCACUGUGGGUUACAAGAAGAACACGUACACACUGUGGAUGACACAUUCAGAGCGAGGUGCAGAUGGAGGAAAAGACACCCCCAUUCCCAUUCACUAUGAGAUGAUGGGAUACAACACUCUGCUGGGGUCCCAUUAUGACAAGUACUUGGUGGAAUACAAGGAGUUCAGCACUGAGGUGAACCCCAAAGUCUUCCUGCUGCCUGAAGGCAUGAGUUGUGGUGGGUUUCCUGGUCCCGGAGUGGAGCACCACAUGUUGGCCAAUCCAAUGAAAGAUCUCAUCCACACCUCAGCGUCAGGCCAGUCACAGCGCAUGUUCAGCCAUUUCAAGGACAAGUUCCAGCGGCAGUACAACGAUGAAAGGGAGCACGAGAAGAGGGAGCAUGCUUUUGUUCUUAACCUACGGUAUAUUCACUCUAAGAACAGAGCGGGCAUGUCUUUCUCUCUGGCUCUGAACUCUCUGUCAGAUCGCACCAUGUCUGAGCUGGCAACCAUGAGGGGAAGAAAAAGGGGAAAGACCCCAAACAGAGGGCUCCCCUUCCCCUUCAAAGCUUACGAAAGAGUAAAUCUUCCCGAGUCACUCGACUGGAGGCUUUAUGGCGCCGUGACCCCAGUAAAGGAUCAGGCCAUCUGUGGCUCCUGCUGGAGCUUUGCCACCACUGGAGCAGUAGAGGGCGCUCUCUUCGUAAAGACGGGCUCCCUGCAGGUUCUGUCUCAGCAGAUGCUGAUUGACUGCUCCUGGGGUUUCGGUAAUAACGGCUGCGAUGGCGGGGAGGAGUGGAGGGCGUACGAGUGGAUCAUGAAGCACGGAGGCAUCGCCACAACGGAAACAUAUGGCGCCUACAUGGGAAUGAACGGAUUUUGCCACGUGGACUCAUCCGAGCUCACCGCACGUAUCCAGAGCUACACGAACGUCACGUCUGGCGAUCAACUGGCCCUCAAGAUGGCGCUCUUCAAAAACGGCCCCGUGGCCGUGAGCAUCGACGCAUCACACCGCUCGUUUGUUUUCUACAGCCACGGCGUCUACUACGAACCUGCUUGUGGGAACACUGUGGAUGAUCUGGACCAUGCUGUGCUCGCAGUGGGAUAUGGCACCCUGAGUGGAGAGCCAUACUGGCUCAUCAAGAACUCUUGGUCCACAUACUGGGGCAAUGAUGGCUACAUCCUCAUGUCUAUGAAGGAUAACAACUGUGGUGUUGCCACUGAUGCUACAUAUGUUACACUGGCAUAGACUGCGUCUUCUUUUAAAGCCUUUAUGUUGCUGUUGGUGCCACUUCAUGACUGAUGAAUUACACUUAAUCUUGAUGUGUGUGUUAGGCCAGCUUUAUGGGGAAAAAAUCCUAAGAACUUAUCGUGGACUGAACUAAACAUGACGGCCUGAUUGGGAGGAGACAGCACUACAGUGUGUUGCAUUGAUAACAAGACAAACUGGAUCAUUGUGAAACAAAAAGUGUUACGUCCCGAUAAUCAUUUUUGUCUCUGUGAUGUUAGUUUUUUUUAAUUGCUGCUUGAAGGCAGAAUUUUUAUUGAAAACAAAUUUAAAUAAAUUUGCUGGUCCCAGGAAGUGA